GAAAGGUAAUAUCACCAUUGGAAACAGAACUAAUUUAAACAGUUCCCUCUACGGUCCUUAUCAAGGAUGACGACUACCAAGCUGGUGCUCCUAGGCCUCGUCCUUUUGGUGCUUUGUUCAGGUGUUAUUUCAAAGGACAGAAUAGACGAGGGAUCAUAUUUCCCCCACAGUUGCGAUAUACAUGUUGCCUCCAAGUCAUGUCCAUCCAAAGAUGAAUGUCUGAAACUAUGCAAACAAACGUACCACUCCGGCAAGGUAUAUGGUGAAUGUGCUCGUGAUGGAUGCCACUGCAUAGUCUGUGUGUUAUCUGCAGGAAACUGAGGAUACUACCAAACCUUGCACGGCGUACGCUGCAUGUUGUUUUCUAAGAUUUGGAAUAUUUUUAGUAAUAAUAUUUACAUGUGCAUGUAGAAUAUAUCUUAAAGCAUGUGAUAGUUUGUGUUCAGAGAAACAUGAUCGAAUCCUUCUGAUAACUGAACCGUGAUAAAUGUAUUCUUGCAUUCAA